AGUUUGUUAUUAUCUCCUGUGGGAAUGUGGCAUUAAAAUUAAAUAAACUGGAAAUUAAUUAAUUAAUUAAUUACUAUACAAGGUGAUGUAGCUGCCUCGCGUGCGAAAUAUGCAAUUAGUCGAUUAAUGCAUAUAUAUGCACCAAGGAUGAAAAUGAAAAAUAAGCCAGAGUAUAGUUGAAUAAAUCAAUGAGUACAUAAAUGGACAGAUAUGAUGAUGAAUCUGCACAUCAUCACUGGUUAAGAGAAACGCGUAGCCUAUCACAAAAACAGAGGAGAAAAACAAAGCAACAUAUAGACUAUACUGGCACAAAGAAACGGGCUUCUGACAUACACAUAUAUGAACGCAGCUCUUCGAUGACGCCAUGCUCAGUCCGUGCGUGGCUGGGGGAACAUGUGCUGGAACAUGCUGUACCGCACGUGCCCUCCUCCCCCUCCCUUCACGUGUAAUUCGCAUGUUGCAGGAGAAAGACCACCGCACAUCAACUCCCACGGUCCCACCCCACCGAUCAACUCCGAAAAAAGCCGUGAGACGCUGUAAUUGCAUAUGAGCAACAUAUAUAUAUUUUUUUAUCAGUUGAUGUUUGAUGAAUUUCAAUCUCACUCUCAUCAAUAUCAAAUUCAGCUCAAUUAUGCCACUUAAUUUAGGCUACGCACCCCUGUGAAGAAAUGGGAUCCCCCUACUUUGCAUAUUACAGUAUGAGGCUGGGAGUCGUUUAACCACAUGAAUACAUAAUGAAUAUACAUUAAUUGGAUAUACAUUAAUAUAUAAUAACACAGAUAUGAUAAAUUAGUGGACAACGUCGCGCGAAAAUGAUGUCUUUUGUGUCCCAAAUACGAAUAUAAUGUAAAAUAAUUAUGAAUUAAAAAUGACUUUUACCAUGUAGGAUUACAGGCAUUGUUCUUAACACAGUCAUAGGCUAGUAACUUUCUUUGUUUUCGUAUUCUCUCUCUCUCUCUUUCUUUCUUUUUUUUUUUUUUUUUUUUUUUUUAGCAAGAAUUACAUAUUUUUUUCACCAUAUUUUAGUGGACACUAAUUUUUCUUUCUUUCUUUUUAUCAUUUUCUUACAUUUUGUAAGGUUUGUCAGUAAACACAUACCCAAUCUUGGGUAUGAUGGAAUUAUUAAAUUCUUAAAGAAUUUUACUUAUUUUCAAUAUAUAAAAACACCCUUAAAUGUUUAUUUAUUUUUUAAAAAUCUGUGUAUUUAAAUAAACACUGGGCGAAUAAAUCGCUUAAAUAUUGUUUUAACUAGAAAAAUAAUGAAAUAUUUUUGAAAUAUUUCGUAAUUUUGUCACCCGUCUUUUGAAUGAAAUGGAACAGUCCGUUGAGGCCACGCCCCCUCUGCGCUCUCCUGUUGAUGUUAUUAUUGUUUAUGUCAGUCAGACGUUUGAUGGAAGAAGUGACAAAAAACCCAAACAAACCUGUCGAGUUUCCCCAAAAAUGACAACUGUCAGCCCGUAGCUUUCAGCUAGAUAGGGACGUUAUGAAAAAUAGGAUUAUUGCCCCGAAACAUAUGUUAACAAAGGGGGUAAUAAACUCAUGGAGCUGCGCAACGGCACACAGGGGAGAAUAACGAGCCUCCGGCGGGGCUGCAAGAGAGUCGAGCCGCCCAGCGUGAACAUGAGGCGGGAUGUCAGUAAAGUUCUGCGCCCGCUGCCCGUGGAGACCAACGAUGACGAUGAGCCCAUGGAAGAAGAGGACUGUUUCUCCACGGGCUUCCUCAAGAAUGCCAACCUCGAACCCGCGAUGCUCUUCGCGGCUCCCAGGUAUAGCUUGAUUCGGGAGGUGGGUCGCGGGAGCUACGGUGUGGUGUACGAAGCCAUCGCCCGCAGGUCCGGAGCCCGGGUAGCCGUGAAGAAGCUCCGUUGCGACGCGCCCGAGAAAGUGGAACUGGCGCUGGCGGAGUUCUGGGCCCUGGCGAGUCUGGAGAAGAAGCACGAGAAUGUGGUGCAGCUGGAGGAGUGUGUGCUGCAAAGAAACGGGAUGGCACAGAAAAUGAGCCACGGGAACAAACGAAACAAGCAGUAUUUGAGAUUAGUGGAAACUUCACUGAAAGGUGAGCGUAUCCUGGGUUACCCAGAGGAACCGUGUUAUCUUUGGUUUGUUAUGGAGUUCUGCGACGGCGGCGACCUCAACCAGUACAUCCUCUCCCGACGACCUGAUCCACGGACCAAUCAUAGUUUCAUGAAGCAGUUGACCAGCGCUGUGGCCUUCCUCCAUAAAAACAACAUUGUCCACCGGGACCUCAAACCAGACAACAUUCUCAUCUCGCAGAAAUCGGACGGUCCCGUGAUCAAGGUUGCUGACUUCGGCCUCAGCAAGGUGUGCGCGGGACUCAGCUGCAUUGAGAACAAAGGCGACAACCAGGUUAACAAGAACAUGGUGAACGUUAACAAAUUCUGGCUGUCGUCAGCAUGCGGCUCCGACUUCUACAUGGCGCCGGAGGUGUGGGAGGGCCAUUACACUGCCAAGGCGGACAUUUUUGCGCUCGGCAUCAUCAUUUGGGCCAUGCUAGAACGGAUCACAUUUAUCGACGCUGAAUCCAAGCGAGAGCUCCUCGGCACGUACGUGCGACAGGGAACUGAGAUCGUCCCGGUCGGCGAGGCCUUGCUGGAGAACCCGAAGAUGGUCCUGCACAUCCCUCAGAGGACACGCAGCAUCAUGUCAGAGGGCAUCAAGCGGCUUCUGCAGGACAUGUUGGCGGUCAACCCGCAGGACCGGCCUGACGCAUUUCAGUUGGAAGGUAGAAUGGACCAAGUCACAUGUGCGGCAUAAGCUGGCUCGAUUGGCCAAAACAAGCAUGCUUGCUCUUUCAGGUUUGCAGAGUAGAAUUGCUCACCGAUGGAAAUGAAAAAGGAAUCAACGAAUCCUGGAACUGUGAAUUUUGUUUUGUGCUCGCCUCCAGAAAGCAGAAGUGAAAAGAAAAGUCUCGAUAUCUAUAUUAAAGACCCAUCACGUGGAAAUGCUAUGCAGGUAUCUUUCUCAACACGCUCUUUCUAUUUCGAUGCAUCGGAUUCCUCAUACAAGUCUUCCAAACUGACGUCAAAACCUACAUUUUUUUCUGCUCAGAUCUCACCAGCAAUGAUUUCACGUCCCUCUCGUUCUCUGCUGUGACUCGUGCUGUUGUUCUGGACCAGAUUUAGACACACACGUUGCACUAUGUCCUCAAACAAGCAUAUCCAGUCUGCACCUCUGUGAAAACUACCUUACGCCCCAUCGGGGUUUACCAGUAUAGAUGUAAAUACUUAGAUGUAGAUAAUGCAGCACUAGGAUUGAUCGAAUGUUGUUGUUGAAUGCUCUAAAAUAUUCACGGACAACAGAGAAGGAAGUUAUUAUAAAGCUCACAACCAUGAAGACACACUGUGAACGAUAUAAUGUGAAUAAGUGGGUACAUAGUGACCCCGUCUCUCCUGUAGGUGUGAAUGUUUCUAACCCGAACAACAGCACCUCUACAAAAAGAAAAAAGAAAGAAAAAAACACCGUUGUGCCUUAUUUUUUAUUUUUUUUAAAGAAAGCGUUUGGAUGGUUCUCAUUAUUUUAUUUUGUAUUUUUUCUUUAGGAUAUUUUAAAUGAUUUUGUUUUAUCUGAAAUGUUAUUUCCAGGCUAAUAAUAUUGGUUUCAAAUGUUUUAAUAGGAGUUCUCCUAACAAAUCAUUUGCAAACACACAAAAAAUGUGAGAGGUAUUUAAAAGCAGUUGCAAUUUCUGUCAAAUAAUUCCUUUUUUCAUUUAUCCUCUGUCAAAAUGAAGAUCAGGUGUAAGCAAAAUGAUGACUUUUUUUGUACUAACGCCGUUGAAAAGGAGAUUAUUUCACUUUCUAUGCAGUCUCGACAGUUGACGUUGUGUAAAUAAUGAAUUGGUGAGGGAUCAAAUAUUGUGGUUGUUAAUCUUGGUUUUCAUCUUCACAUUUUUGUAGCAAAAUGUCUAAUUUCCUUUCGCUCAAAAGGCCUCAAAAUGAACGUAACGUUCACAUCGUCUGGAAGGUUUUAGUUCCGUUGGAACAGUUUGAAUUCUGCCCCGCAUCAUGUGAUUUUAUACGGAACAUUGCAAGAUUGUGUUUCUGUGGGAACCAUUGAGUCAAUGUAGCUUGAUUCUCCUCAGUACUGUUUGGCACAAACACACUAACAGAUCAGGACCUUUGUUAAAAAUGUUAAAAACUUGUUUUAGUUAUACAAAGGGACGUUAAUUGUAAUCUUGAUCACAUUCAAGGUUAAAGUACAUAAAUUUGAGGUCACAAUAGUCAAUAUUUCUCCUGUGAAAUGGACAUUUGUACCAGGUAAAGCCAGUGAGAAAGUUUUCCUUCUGUAUUUUAGUAAUGAUUUCUGUUCAGUGUUCUUGUUUACAAUAGUCAGUGUCUCUACCUCACUUUCAAGACAUCUUUAACCUCACUUCUCCUCGCUGUGGUGCGUUCAGUCUUUUGCUGCUUGCAUCUUUUCAGCAGCAGUACUUUUAUCCGUAUAACGUAUUAAACGUCUCGAACAGACUUUGCAUUUCACUGUUUAUGUUGUUAUUUUAUUGUGCUGUCUAUGAGUUGCAGAGCAAGAUGAAUCUUCAUUUAUUACGGUAAAACAAAAAGGUCUUUACAUUUAGCAUAGGUUCUGUAUGGAGCCCCUAAAGGGACAUGGUGAUGGAAAAAAAUAUGCAAUGGGAGGAGGAAAAAAUAUAUUUCAGUGCUUCUGUGUAGCGAACAAAGUUUCACUACACAGAAGAAGAAACAAUUUGCAAGUGAACGCAAAGUUUCUCGGGGGAACGCAAAACAUUUUGCAAGCGAACGCAAAGUUUCUCGGGGGAACGCAAAACAUUUUGCGAGCGAACGCAAAGUUUCUCAGGGGAACGCAAACGUUUCACAAGCGAACGCAAACGUUUCACAAGCGAACGCAAAGUUUCUUGGGAGAACACAAACGUUUCACAAGCGAACACAAAGUUUCUUGGGAGAACGCAAACGUUUUGCAAGCGAACGCAAAGUUUCUCGGGGGAACGCAAAACAUUUUGCGAGCGAACGCAAAGUUUCUCAGGGGAACGCAAACGUUUCACAAGCGAACGCAAACGUUUCACAAGCGAACGCAAACGUUUCACAAGCGAACGCAAAGUUUCUUGGGAGAACACAAACGUUUCACAAGCGAACACAAAGUUUCUUGGGAGAACGCAAACGUUUUGCAAGCGAACGCAAAGUUUCUUGGGAGAACGCAAACGUUUCGCAAGCAAA